AUGCUGGCCUUUAGCCAUCUGGUUGGCCCUGCUGUUGCCUGGAUGUUUUUGAUGCUGGCAGGACUCCUAGGGGAAGCAGGUAAAGCCUUGGCCCUACAGUGGAGCUCAGAGAACAGCCUGCUGCUCACCUCUUCUGGCUGUGCCCAGGUGAGCUGCAUAUUCCUGGGGUCUGGCAGGCCUCCUCGGGAAGAUUUGUACCAGGGUCUUCUGACAACACAUUCUCAUAGCCUUCAGAAAAGCUGCAUGACAUUCAUCUUUAACCGCAAUGACAAUUGUGUACCUCAAGGUGAGCAGGAGUUUGCCACAGCCAACAUGGAGGGACCCUGCAGAGAGCCCCACAUCAGUGCCAAAAUAGUAGAAAAACUGGCGAGCCACCUGGUGCCUUCCCUGCAGAUCGGGGACCCUUUCAUUAUCCCUACCUUCUUGUACAUAUAUCAAAUGUUCGCCAAUACUCAACAGGUGCUGGACCUGCUGUUCAGACGGUAUGAAUACUUCCAACCUUAUUGUGAAGUUGAUGAAGAAGUAAAUAACAUCAUUUGCACUUUCCUGGACACAUGGAUGGACAAGAACCCUGCAGAGUUCUAUCAGAUCUCAGAUCUGUCCAAUCUGAAAAACCUGAAGACCUAUUUGAUUGUGAACAUGCCUUACUCUGGCAUUCUUGUUCAUGUCCAUAUGGUCCUGGCACACUUGCAGAAAGAAGAGGCCAGUGAUUCAGAGGCCAGUGAUGACGAAGAUUCAGAUCCAGGGAGCCACACAUCUUCAGAUUCAGAGAUGGAACUGUGA